CAGACAGCGAGCGCCUCACUCCCUCCCGACAAUAGGGGCACUCUUUGCGGCGGAUGGAGACACUGCUAGCACAGCGGCAGAGGAACUGAGUGCGGUGGCUGUGAGGAGUGAAGCGGUCUGGGGGGGAACGGAGCAGGACCUUAAUAAAGAAUAGUUGAGACCUGAGGAGCAAAUGGAGAGCCCUUGCUUGCCAACUUACUGGAAUGUACUGCGUACCACCAUGUGAUUCUCCAAUAGACGGAUUGAAUACAGACGCUGUCAAACUGAGACUCAGCAUAUAAACCAACAAUUUAUUCAACAUAGAACAGUUGCGAAGCGAUCACUGAAGAGCAACAUCAUAAAGAUCACCGCUUCAUGGUUGUGCAAUUGAAAUAUCAUUGAAACUGGAACACUGAACUUACAAGCAUAAGGGAUCAUGGCAAGCAGAGGAGCUUCUAGACCAAAUGGUCUAGGCCAGACAAAGAUCUGUCAGUUCAAACUGGUUCUACUAGGAGAUAUGGCAGUGGGGAAAUCGAGCUUAGUUCUGCGUUUUGUCAAAGGCCAGUUUGAUGAAUUCCAAGAGACAACAAUUGGUGCUGCUUUUCUUGCUCAGUCAGUCUGUCUGGAUGACACAACAGUGAAAUUUGAGAUUUGGGAUACUGCUGGUCAGGAACGUUACCACAGUUUAGCACCAAUGUAUUACAGGGGAGCCCAAGCUGCCAUUGUGGUUUUUGAUAUCACAAAACAGGAAACAUUUGAUAGAGCAAAAGCAUGGGUAAAAGAGUUACAGAGACAAGCCAGCCCUAAUAUAGUGAUAGCCUUGGCUGGCAACAAAGCUGAUCUGGCAGAUAAACGAAUGGUUGAGUAUGAGGAAGCACAAGCAUAUGCAGAAGACUGUGGUCUGCUCUUCAUGGAAACAUCAGCUAAGACAGCAAUGAAUGUCAAUGAUAUAUUUCUCGCAAUAGCUAAGAAAAUGCCAAAAAAUGACCCUCAAAAUCCAGCAACAGCUGCCAGAAAUCGAGGGGUAAAUCUUCAGGAAACGAAUCAGCAGAGCCAAAGGAGCUGCUGUGGCAAUUAACAGUAUUUGGGCCUCGAACAACAUGAACAAUAGAAAAUGUGGAUUUGGAGAUUCUGUUUCCUUUUUAUAUUAUUAGCGCACAUUGCUGUGCUAAUUCCUUUUAUUCUCUUCCAUUUUGGACUACUGCAUGAGUCAUUCUUCACAUGGUUGACUACAGGUCUCUUCUGCUUUUAUCAGGCACCUGUAAAAAGUAAAUGAUGUAAAUAACGUGGCAAAUCAUUAUGUAAAGGUUAGCUAUCCCUUUUCACCAGAUUCAAUGAAGGCUUUCUCUGUAAAUCAAACUUUGUUGAGGGAAAAUAUUCUCCCACUCUUUCCCAUUCUCCUAGUCAAUCCAUUAUCAUUUCUUCCUCUCAACUAAUUUUAUUAUAAUUUCAUGUACAAUAAGCAUACAGAAUUUGCCUAAUUUGCUGAUACUCUGAAAUACAAAAUCUCUUUCUAUGAAUGCAUUUUCUCAAUUUCACAUGUAGGUUUAGCUUGCGGGUAGGGAAGGUAUUUUAAAGUGUAAAAUAAUACAGCUUUGAAAAGCUUUCAACAGUUGCUUAUGAAAAUCUUUAAGAACAAUAUUGUGGUAGUUCUGUUUACUUGGCCACAAUAUUUUAGAAGCUCAACACUGCUUUUCUGCUGUUUUAGUUUGAAACCCUAUUAGUGUCUCAACCACAGUGAAAUCCUAUUAAUUCAAGAAAAGGAAGGUUGCUUAGAACAAGGCUUGUCUAUAACGCAAGUGGCAGUGCCCUUCUUCAUUUAUCUUCCACAUAUCAUGGCCAUGCCAAAGGAAGCUAUUGGGAUAAAUUGUUACGGUUGCCUGUUUUAUUUAUUUUAGUGCUAUUGAUUACAUUUUGCUUUUCACAUAUAUAUACAAAACAUACCCAUGUAUAUCUUUCUUCCUAUACAUCAGUAGGGGAGAGAAUGCUCUACUGAAAGUGUGCUUUGUAUGUCUAUUCUCGAUUAGUAAAUUUUGAAUGAAUAAUAGAUAUUCUUGUAUAGAGUAAGGGAAAAAAAAGUCACAUCCAAGUUUCCAAAUCUGUAUUACUUGCAGGAAAUCCUUUCUUUUAGCAAACUGUUGUGACAGAUCAUAAAAAUGGGGUGCAGCAUUGUUAAAGUUGACAGUCUGAAGUGAUGCUGUUCUUUUGGUCAAAUCUUAAAAUGCAUGUAAAGUUGCCCUAAAAGUCUUGCCUUUCCUAAGCCCACUUCAAAAGGAAACUUGUUGUUUUAGUUCAGAAGAUAUUCUCGGCAGUACAAAUCUCCCUGAAGUCUGCAUCAGGCACUUAAUUCUAGGAGUCCAGGAAAUUACACAGAAGUGUAGUAAUGUCAAUGCCCUUUUAUUGACCAAAUAGAUUGCCAUGGAGGGCAGGGACCACCAAAUAUUUUGGCAUGGAGGCUGGGACCACCCUAGAUAGCCUAAUUGCACUGGGAAAUUAUACCAUUUAUGAACAAUUUAUUGCCAUUGAGCCGCAUGACUUAAAAACAGAGCCUGUUGAGCAGUUUGUAGGGAGAACAGCAAGACAAAUAUAAACAGUCAGAAGACACAAGAAGCUUUGAUACCAUACAGUUGAGUGUUGGGAUUUCAUUUUGGCCAGUUAUCCUAAAACAAUGAGGAUUGCCAACAAAGGGCAGGCAAAAUUUUGGAGCCUAUGAAGAAGGUAAGAAGCAUUGAUUUACUCUCUUGAGAUUACUGUGUAGUAUCAACACCUUCUGGGGGCAAGGAUUUUAUGCAGUUAAACAGACUACAAUAGAAGCUGUAUCACGAAUGAUGGCAUCUUUGUUGCAAAUAGCCUUUGUUCUAUAGUUGCAUCCUUAUUACCAUCUUCUGGGCCCAUCAGAGUACGUUGUACUAAUACUUAAUGGCUCUGGUGUUGCCUCACAGAACCACACCAUAUUAACUUUUGCAGAUGUCAAUAAUCUUAUAUCUCUUAGGAAUGUUAGGCCACUCAGCUCCUCAAGCCUUCUUCACCAUUCAGUUUGAUCAUAGCUGAUCUGUACUUCAACUCCAUUUAUUUGUCUUGCUUCAUGCUCAUUAAUACACUUACACAAUGAAAAUCAUUAGAUUUCAAUCUUGGUCUUGAAAGUUUUAAUUACCUCUGAAUCCAAAGCCUUUUGGAGAGAGAAUUCCAAAUUUCUACUGUCCUUUUUGUGAAUAAAUGCUUCUUGGUUUUGCUGCUGAAUGGUCUUGUUCGAAUUUUAAAGAAUUGUCCUCUUGUUCUUGAUUCCCACACCGGAGGAAACACUAUUUUUAUAUCUUCCCUUAAAUACUGUGAUCAGUUCACCUUUCAGGCGUCUAUACGGAAUUUAAUGCUUCUAAUAAAUUAGGAAGAUGAAGGAAUUGUUAAUGCCUUAGUAAACAUGUCAUAAAGCAGUUCAACCAAACCAUACCCUGGUAGCAAUUGGACCUAGCAUCCCAGAUAGGCUAAGGAUGCUGUCAAAAUAAUACCCUGUUGGAACUGCAUGAGUUUGGGGACACCAGAUCAGAACAGAAUAGAGAUUGACUGACUGCAAUGGACCAAUGAUUAAAUAGCCCCUUGGCUUAAUUUUCAGAUUUGUGUAUGGAGAUUGCCUACUUCGUUGAGAUGCUCAUUUACUUCUGCCUGUGGAACUGCACCCUAGUAUUGCCUUAGGAGUAGAAAAAGGAAACUAGUUGGAGUGGGGAAAUACAAGAAGCACUGUAUGCUGAAAUAAACUGUGAUAUUAAGGUAAACUUGGUGCAUGAUGGAAGUUUCAUGAAGAGACAUGCAUGACUUUUCUCCUUUUCAGCUAUCCACUGCAUCACCCUAUCUCCUCUCUCCCCCCCCCCCAAAUCUCAAUCAGUUUGGUUUGUCUUAUUUUAUCCAUGGGAUGUGGAAGAUGAACACAGAGGUCAAAGUGCAAGUGGAAUUGAAUGAUGUGCCUUUCUGAAUCAAAUCAAGGCCUGGUGUAAAGACAUGCAUCUUUUACAUUUUUCUGUGUGCAAUUAUCAUUUGAAUGUGUUUUACUCUAAUGGGUAGAUUUCACAAAUUUGCUGCCCCAGAGUUGAACUUUUCUUGUUGGUAGUGCAUAUUGGGAAUUCUGGCAAAUAAUUCAACCGGCCCCAGGUACUUUUUCAUCCCUAAUGGAGUAUCCAUUAUUGGUGAUGCUGAUUUUCAUGCUGAAUUCCUAGAUUGUGGUCUGAUGGGUGAGGUUUGUACCAGGAGUGUAGAGUUGUUUAAUUUUUACAUGUGUAGUCAAUUUCAUUAGUCAGCUGCUAAAUGCAAUUGUUUGUUAGUGAGUCGGGGGAGGAUGACCUCCCAGUGAGACAUAAGACAUGUUUCCUUCCACAUCAAAGAAUAUAAGGAAUGAAAGCAGAUUUAGAACCACUUUUUUCAUAAAGAAGAAUGGCAUAAAAGAGACUGUCUGGAAUAGGGAAUAAUUGAAAGGAGGUGAGAUUUGCUAAACAUUUAACACAUCAUUAAAUAUUUCCAAGUUUGAAAAUGCUGUUACAGUAUUAGUUUAAGUUGUGUUUAAAGAAAGACUUAAGCUUUGGAAUGUAUGUGAUUGAUUUUAUUUAAUGUUACUUUUUUCUUCUCUUGCUGGGACAUAUGCCUCUUGCAACUGAAAGUGUGAUGGGUACCCCUCUGUUGCUCUCCAACUCCCCAUGCAGGUUGGGUAGAGUGAAUCGAAUGAAACCUAGGGCCUCACUACUGUGAAUGCAGCAGAUUGAUGUUCCAGUAUAUGGAAUACCAGACGUGGCUUUACUUAUGCUGGAUACGUAUUCACACCAGUAUAAAACUUUUGUCACGGUACCGCUAAUGCACUCUGCUUUGUUCCUCAAUAAUUCUGUUUGUAAUAUUCUUUAAAAAGUGGUAAUAUUACUUCCGAUUGUUUGCAUUAUUGAUAUUUCAUUUUUCUUCCCCACAUCAAAUGCAUUUUUAAAAAUGGAACUUUAUCCUCAUUUAAGGGAUUAUAUGUAAUGGUGAUGAGUUUUGAGAACAGUGUGUGGCUUAGCAUCGUCUUUUCCAGAAUUGCGAAACAAAAAGAGUACUAUCCAAAUCAGAUUAUACUCAAAUCAGAUACUAUUCCUUCUUCAAAAAAAUCCUAAACAGUAACAUUUGUUCAUUGCUUGAAAAAAACAGUAAUUUUAAUACAAUGGUGACUUAACCCAAAGGCCUUACACUUGUAUUUUGCAGUAAAACAAAAAGACAACAUAAAUCCGACUAAUGAAAACAGAACAUGAGCAUUUGGCAAAACUGCUGUGCUAUCCAAACUUGACUGAGCUGUUUAAAAGUACUUUCCCUGGUUUGUGCUGUGAUCUGAUCUCAGCCAUACCUGUAAUUGGGCACUCCUGUGUACCUUGGCACCCCUGUGCUUAGGAGGCUUAUGAUUCCUAAUGCUGAGAAGAGGGCAUGCUGUGGACAUUGGGUGAGGGCAAGGGAUUGGACUCUGCUCUGGUGCACUGCAUGGUCAAAUGCCAGAGUAUUGCCCUAUUCAUAAAAUUGUAGCCAAGCAUCAGAAAAGGAGGUAUAAAAUUGGGGAGAAGGAAAUAUUUUCCCUUGCCCAGUUUUCAAAGGCAAAGUUAAUUUGGAACACUUGUUGUUCCAUUUUUUCUUGCACAAAUGGAGGAUAGAUAUGUUAGAACUGUUAUCCCCUGUUCUAAUGAAAACCUUUGCUGUAACUAGAGUACAGUUUGAAAAUAAGCACUAUAUAAAAUACACACUAAUACUCUUGAGUUCAAUAGAAGUGGAUGUAACUUUGUAAAGAGGUUUUUAGUUGUCUAAUUUUAUUGCAAUAAACGCAGAUAAACAAAA